AUGUCGUCAGAGCCACCCACAGUAGUGGCACAACAACCACAAGCGUCCACUUCAUCCGCAGAUCCGCCCGUCAACCCCGAGCGCAAAGCACGCAAGGAAGCGGCAAAGCAGCUCAAAGCGCAGCAGUCUGCCGACAAGAAAGCUGCCGCCGCGGCCGCUCGAGCCUCGCAAGCGUCCUCUUCCAAGCCGAAGCCGGACAAGGCGCAGCGCAAGCCUCAAUCCAGCGAGGAGCAGCUCUCGCGUGGGCUCGCCUAUAUCCUGCGCCACGGGGCAGAGAAGGAGGGUCUCGCGAUUCGAAACGAUGGAUACAUCCGACUGGAGGACGUGCUCGACCGGCCAAGGGUCAAGAGCGUCGACAUGGCCGAAGGGGAGGGCGGUAAGAGGAGACCAGGGCUUGAGGAUGUGAGGAAGAUCGUGGAGAGUAACGACAAGAAGAGAUUCGAGCUCACCGAGGAGGAACAGGGAGAGUGGUGGGUGCGAGCCGUGCAGGGACACUCGUUGAAGAGCGUGGUCGAGCUACAGCAUGUGCCGCUGACGUUGGACAACCUGUAUCUGCUGAGUGUACGACAGCAGGACGAAGAAGAUGAGGACGACGGACUGGUGGACGAGGUCGAUGCCAAGCUCGGAGGUCUGCAAAUCGACGGAGAGCAUGACGCGAGCAAGACCGGCCCAGUGCAAGUGAUCCACGGCACAUACACAGCAGCGUGGGAGUCCAUCCUCGAAUCGGGCGGACUCAAACCCAUGUCGCGCAACCACAUCCAUCUGUCCAAGGGCAAGUUUGGCGACAAGGGCGUCAUCUCGGGCAUGCGCAAGUCGGCCAACAGGCUCAUCUACAUCGACAUCGAACGGGCGAUCCAGGACGGCAUCGAGUUCGUGCUCUCUUCGAACGGCGUAGUCCUCACGCCGGGAGACAAGGAGAGCAGGUUGCUCGGCUCCAAGUACUUCGACAAGGUAGAGGAUCAGAAAGGGAAUACCGUGUGGUCUCCGUCAUCCACGACGAGCUGA